GGGACAAAAUCAAGAUGGCGGACGAAGUGUGUGGUUUCGAUAAAGAGUAUUUGGAGAGUCUUUCUAAAGACRAAUUAGUGUUGAAAGUUAUGCAAAUACAAAAAGAGAAAGAAGAGGCAGUAUUGAAGUUGUCUGAGAAGGAAAUUACCGAAGAAAAGAAGGAUUUUUCGGCGUCUCCAUCUUCGGCAGGACAACUUGGAGAAGCCAACAAAAAGUCAAAACAGAAAAAAUCUCAGAACAAACCGUUUGAUUUUACACGCUACAACAAAAGACACGUAGCUCUUAUGGUUGCGUAUCUUGGGUGGGAUAUGCAUGGAUUUGCUGCCCAAGAAAACAUCGAUAGUACGGUUGAAGCUUAUCUCUUUGAUGCCUUGAUGAAGGGAAGACUCGUUCAGACAAGGGAAGGCGCAAACUAUUCACGCUGUGGGCGAACAGAUAAAGGCGUGAGUGCAUUCAGGCAGGUUGUAUCAUUGGAUGUCAGAUCGAACCUAUCGGAGGGAAUUGGUGUCAUACAAACAAAAGACUGUGCUGAUAAACAAGUAGAAAACUCAAAGGACACCAAAGAGCUCCCUUAUAUUCAAAUCCUCAAUAACCUUCUGCCAAAUGAGAUCAGGGUUCUGUCUUGGGCACCAGUCCGCUGUGAUUUUGAUGCAAGGUUCAGUUGCACAUACAGGAAGUAUAAAUACUAUUUUCCAGCAGCAAAUUUGAAUCUAACGAGGAUGAAUGAAGCAGCUAAAAAACUGRAAGGAGAACAUGACUUCAGGAAUUUUUGUAAAAUGGAUAUAGCUAAUGGGGUCAUGAGUUUCAAGCGAGCGAUAAUAUCAUUUACUGUUAAUAAAAUCACUGCUGGCAAUGAAGAUACUGAUAGUGAGAUAUGGGAAGAGAAAGAAGGGGYAGAGCCCCCACAUGAUGGAUAUGAAAUGUGCGAGGCUGUUAUACUAGGGUCAGCAUUUCUCUGGCAUCAAGUUCGUUGUAUGGUAUCUGUGCUCCUAAUGAUUGGUCAGAAGCUUGAAGAACCUGAAGUCAUCGAUUGGCUUCUUGAUACAGAUCUCUGCCCUCAACGUCCACAGUACAAUAUGGCAUUAGAGUUUCCAUUGGUCCUGUAUGAUUGUGUCUAUGAGGAUCUGUCAUGGGUCCAUGAACCACAUAUCACUGAGUCUCUAACCAAGCAUCUACAGCAGAUAUGGACUAUUCAUAGUGUUAGAACUACUAUUACAAAGUCAUUGAUAAAUCUCAUUAAUAAUGAUGUAAUCUCACAGAGUGAGAGAACUGAGGUUGACUGUUCAGGCUCCGAACAGCAACAAACAUUUAAUCAAACCAAUUUUUUGAUUCCUGGUGAAUCAUUCAAGUCUCACAAGAAGCUCAAGAAGAGRGCAUUGUGUGAAAGUUUUGAGCAAAAGCUGCAGAAUAUUAACUCUAAAAGGAAGAGAAAGGGAAAAGAAGUUCUGGACCCAGAUAAAAUAACAGAAAAGAAGAGAUAAUCUACGAAUGGAAAACAGAAUUGGUAUUUCCCUUCACUGAGCUAUGGUAAACAUGGUAAAGAUACUGUAAUUGUUAGAAUACUGUAAGUUGUUACUACAAUAUUGUAACAGGGAGAAAAAGUAUUUUUUCAAAGAAAUUUUAGGGUAAAAAUUAAUAA